AUGACUUCAUCAAAGCACGGAAAGGAAGUCCACACGAGUCGACGAGGACGAGCCAUGGGCCCCGUAGCAAAGGCGCUUAUGUCGGUGCUGUCCACCGCGACAUUAGUCUCGGCGCAGUCCAGUAGUUGUGUCUCGUUGGAGGGUUCAACACAAUGCUCCGCCUUCCAAUCAGCCUCCGUUUCGACAACAGGCUUCGUACAGGGAAUUUUCCCUUUCCUUCAAUAUGUUUCCAGCAGAGAAACAUUCGACAGCCAGUUGCAGUCGUAUGUCCAGACAUCAUACGUCCGGGAAAAAUACCAGACAUUACUUGGUUGCAGCAAUGUUAAUCUCACCAACUCAACCGAGCUGUAUGCCCGCUUCACGACAACAGUCAUCUGCAACGCCAUCGUUCAAAACUCAAUAGAUGCCUGCAACCUCACUGCAGCCAACUCCAGACCGGUUUGCGCCGACACAUGCGCUGAAUACGCGCAAAGCGAAGCACUCCUCACCUCCGAUAGCAGUCUCUGCAGCAACCCGGGCAGCAACCUGGUCAGCCAGAUUCGUGCGGACUUCACCAACUGCGCUCUCCCCGCCGGCUCGUUGUCGUCGUCUAAUUGUAUUCAAGGCAUCGCUAAUGAGAAGGAGAACUGUGGUUACGGCAACAGCACCGUCGGGCUUUGCUCGUAUUGCGCAUCUGGCGGUAUUAACUCGACCGACACGUGCUGCUACAACUCGAAUGUCGAUGAGCGCUGCAAGGGCGUCGUCCUCCCGUCCAUCUUUCCCACCAUGACUUUUACUCCCCCGACGGCAACGGCAUCACCAACCUCCACGAGUACUCCUGCAGCAGGAGGCGGUUUGUCGGGCGGCGCCAUUGCCGGCAUUGUUAUCGGUAGCGUAGCUGGUGCGCUUUUGCUCGCUGGACUCAUCUACGCCUGUAUUCUGCUUGCUAGGAGACGCAGACGGGGAAGCCAGAAGGGAAGCAUCUUUAAUCAGCCGGCACCAUCUAGGCAAGGGCCGUCGACCGUUAAGAUCCCGCCGACGCAGACCACGACUGGAUACGAAGUCCUCCCCGGAGGUCGCAUCGCACGCAUGUCAGCCUUGGAGAGUGCUUCGGAUCCUGCACCACCUGUUAGCCGUGGCAACGCCCCCAUGGCAGCAGCCGCUGCCGGCGGAGCUGCCUACAUGGCUGGCAGAAGGAGAGGCGACGAUCCGUCUUCCUCUGAGUUCGGGGAUAGUCCUGAGUCAGAGGUUAGAGCUGGUGUCUUGCGACCCCCUCCUACUAACAUCAGGAGAACGGGAUCGUUGUCGAGCAGCUCGGUCCUCACUGGUAUGAACGACCCUCAAUCACCGACCAGUGCUGGCAUGUCGUCACCACAAGGCAUGGCUAGCCAGCAGUCAGAGCAGCUGCCAUUCUUCAAGGAUUACUAUUCACAAGACGACAUCCACCCAGGCGAUAGAGUCGCCACCCUAUGGGCUUACUCACCUCGUGCUCCAGAUGAGUUCACUCUUGAGCGUGGCGACAUGCUCAAGGUCGUUGGUAUCUGGGACGACGGCUGGGCUACCGGAAUCUUACUGGAUGAACACGCCAACGAAUGGGAAGCCCGAAGACAGGCACAACGCGACAGUGGUGUAUCAAACACAUCGGGUCGUCGUGACUCAUCACCACCAGUCAGCGGUGAGAUCAAGGCGUUCCCCCUUGUUUGCGUGUGCCUGCCGGAGCACUGGAGGAAGACCAUCGAAGGCGAUGUGUCGACUGAAGGCUCCAGCGCCCAUCAAGGACAUUCCGCCUUUUCCUGA